CUUUAAAGUUGCCAUAAUUACAAAGUGGCAACAUUGCCUCUUACUUCAAUUUAAUUUCAAUACAGUACAGGCGUGAAUUUUAGACAUUUUAAUCCUGUUUAAAAUUUUAAGAUGUAUACAGUCUCUAAAGGACCUAGCAAGAUUGUCGCAAAAACACGAAGAGGUCUUACACAAAAUUUAGAAAGAUUAGACAGCCGAAAAGACUAUAAUAGAAAAUCAUCAGAGUCAGACAAUGGUGAAAUCAUAAGCAUGCCUAAACCAGUUUUUCAUUCUAAUGGCAAAAAAACCGUGCAACAAAGAAUACAGCACCAUGUGAUUACCCCCCAGCAUGAAGAGAUGAUAAGAUACAUUAGUGAAACUUGGAUACAAACAGCAAAUGGAGACAGUGAGCCAUCAACACCAACAAGUACAAUUGGAUCUGGUAGCUCAUCCCCUGCACCUCCAACAAAUCUUUACUACCAAGAUGAGACACCGAGCCCUGUAUUACAUGACUUCAAACCAUUUGACCUCGAAACCUGGUGGGGCAAAAGACUUUUCCAAAACAUCACAAACUCCCUCUGAG